AAUGAAAGUGCAAUGCACAUUGCUAAAUUGGGCCUGUGGGAAGACUCUACUAAUGGCAUCACUAUACAACCAGAUCAAAGCAAAGUUAAAAUAGACAAGGCUGGUGAAUUCAGUGUAUGGUUUAAUGGUAAUGGUCGUGUUGAUGUAGCCAUUGAUGAAAAAUAUCACGGCAAAGUAUGUGGUUUACUGGGUAAUGCUAAUGACGAUCCUGAUGACGACUUCCAGAAACUUACAGCCAAUGGUUUGGAAUUGGUUUCUGAUGUAACCGAGUUUGCAAAUAGCUGGGUCGUACCAGGCAGCUGUCCAUGAAUCUGAACACAGGACACAGAAAGUAGUAUUAUGAUUUUGGGAACCGCUUAUAACCAAUAAUUCCCCAGUAUGAAUAAAAGCAUGAUAACAGUUCUCACUCCUUCUAUUGGAAUAAUGGCUUGUCAAUGCCAAGUUACAAUUGCAAUUAUUAAUAUUCAUUUUUCAUGCUGCAUACAUACUCGUUUCUUCAUGAGUUUAUUGUAUUUUAUUCUUCUUGCCACACUAUUCAUUUCUUUAGACGUCUGUAUAAUCUAUAGUCAUGGCUGUUAUGGAAUACUAUUUGUGGUUUGUAAUUGAUGAUAUGUAUUUUUUUCGUAGAUUACAAAUAAAAAUAAAUUGCAAGCAAUAA